GGCUCAACGCCCAAACUUCCGAAAGUCGAGUUGGCGCAUCCCGUUUCACGUUUCUUUUCAUCCUGAUAUUCUGUAAGCAGGUGGGAGUAAAUUACCUACUUCCGGAAAUAAUCCCUCCCUCCCUUCAACAAGUCCUCGCCACGCAUGCGUGUUGCUCGCUGCCGAAGAAACUGUUUUUUUUCCUGCCUAUUCGCUAUUUCAACUGACGGGAUGUAGUUGUUUCCUUCCUUCCUUCCUUCCUUCUCCCCCGGCGAUGUGGGUGCGCUUGGAGGAGGAGGCGGCAGCAGCAAGAGCAGCACUAGUAGUCAUCGCAGCAGCCCUGGCACCAGCUCUUGCGUGGGGUUGAACGGCUGGUGCCAUUGGCGUGCGUCAAGAUGGCGUGUGUGCUGGAGACACCACUCCGCAUGAGUAUCCUGUCGGACAUUACAGCCAGUAGUCGCCAUUAUGUUGACAGAUUAUUUGAUCCUGAUCCUCAAAAAGUUCUUCAGGGUGUCAUAAAGAAGAAACUAUUAGGAUCCUGAAAAUGGUUUCACGGCUAUGAUAGCACCUUUAGAGCCUAUGGUGGGGAUCCUAGGUUCAGGGAGAAAGAAAAAAUGAAUGAAGUUACAGAUGCUUCAUCUAUGAGCACAGUCGUCCUAUCUGUCUCCAGAAAAUAAGUACAAGGAAAAAAUAGCCGCUGCAUAUUUGCUUUCUGUACCCAGAGCUCAGUGUCUCCUUUGCUACUUUUCAGUAUCUGGUGGCAUUGUAGAGACAGGAUAUGUUACUAUUUAUUGUUUGUGUUUAAUCAAGUUGCCUUACCAGCAACAGCUGCUGAUUGGCUGCUUUUCUUUCAAAAUAAACAUGAUGACAUUAAGGAUACUUUUCUAAAAAUGUGUGCAACUAUUACUUAACAUAGAUUAUUCGAAUGAGUAAGAAUACAUCUAAUGCAUGAAUAGUGAGAAAUGAGAUAAAAAAGGACUAGGAACAUGAAGUCUAUCGGAUAAAGAUAAUCUAAAAAUUAUGUUAGAAUACUGUAAACACAUAGUUUUGUGGCACACUAAAUCGGAUUUGGAUCUUGGAGAGAAAGUUCAAGUUGUAUAGCUAUUUAGUUAGAUGCUUGGGCAAGCUAUUUAUUAACUUUCAGUUCUUUAUCUGUAAAAAGAAAAAAAGUUCAUAGAACCAGUAUUUUGGGAAUGAAUUAGAAUAAAAUCUGUAAAUUAAAAUGUAAGAUUAACAUUGCUGUAUUAUUAGAAUAAUGUGUUUAAUUGGCAGCCUAGAAACCAGAAGACCAUGAGUUCAAGUUCUGCCUUAUCAUGAAAGCCAGCUGGGUGACUUUGGGCCAGUCACUCUCUCUCACCUCACUGGGUUGUUGUGUAGAAAAUUGGAGGAGGAACUUGAGUUCCUUUAUAAAAUAUUUGUAAAAAUAAUAAAGAUGGAAUAUAAGUUAAACAAAUAAAUAAUCAUAAUACUUGAAUCAGGCAGGCUGGGGGCUGGGCGGUGUUGCACUUCUUGCCAGCUUUGUGCUGCCCGGGCCAACCUCUUGGCCUGUGAGAGCACCCCGCUGCCUGCCAGAACUGGGCAGGCUGAGCAGCAUUACGCAGGUAACGUCGACUCUCACGGUACUCGCAGCGUCCCCUCCCCUGCAGCCCACCAAGCCGGAUAUGUGAAGUAGGUGAGGGCCAUUUGCUGGCCACUUCCAGGCGAUGGUGCAUUUCUUCCUUCCUCACAAAGGGUGACACCUCCCUAAUGUGCGCCCAGGGGGUGGGGCUGACGCAGCAGGGGCUGAUCCCUCGCUGUUUCCAGAAUGGCCUUGUGGAGCUGAGACUGAAUGCAUUCCAGCAUGGAUGGCCACCACAAAAUUGUACAUUGGCUUCUGGCCAGCCUGUGCUGGGGCCAAGGCAGCGGGGGCCAUUCCCUCGCUGUUUCCAGGAUGGCUUCGCGGGUCACAUGAAACCACUUUGUGGGCCAAAUCCGGCCCGCGGGCGUGUUUGACAUUUCUGGACUAUACUUUUGGGUAUAAGGUAAGUGGAGCAGUCUGCCUAUCUGUGCUCAGAAGACUCAGAGGCCAUUUUCAGCCUCCAUCUCAAAAAGAUAAGGAGUGUCAAGAAAUUACUCUCUCUACCUCUUGAAUCAUUGAGGCAGCAGGUUGUCUGUAGAUGUUGGUAGUAAUAGUUGUCAUGACUGGGAAAUGAAAUCUGGAUCUUAGACAAGAAUAAUUUUCACGUUUUCAUUUAGUGAAUAAACUAAAAUUAAUUCAACUAUGUGCUUAAUAGCAAUAGUUAUUAGCUAUUAAACUAAGUGUAUUCGAUUAAUUUGUUUUAUCUAUUAUUUAUGUGUAGUUCACAUGGUUUAAUGAUUAUUAUCAUAUCUUAUGAAGUUUGCACAAGUUGUCUGAGAAGAUAGCAAGUAGUGUAGUUUUUAACCAUUAAAUCUGUAUUAGAAAGGAAAUAGAUUUUUAAAAUCUUUUUUCCAUAUACUUAUACAGUUCAUGGAAGAUUUCUUAAGCAUGUAUUUCUCCCAUUAAGAUAUAAACUGAUAGUAUUAUCUUGGCACUUAAGAUAAGGAUCAACAGAAUUCAAGAGGGGUUGGGUUUGGUCCAUUUGUGCCUAGGUAGAGACUUUAGGCUGAUUCUUAUUUUGACUCUGUCCCUAGGUUUUGCCACUCCUUCUUCUGCAAUGCUUCUCUGAAGUUAGUAGCAAUAUCUAAAGUUAGGCUCGAAAUCGUUUACUAACAACAUUUGUUAUUGCAGGCAUCUUCAACACCAAUGAAGGAGGUGGAUGGUUUGACCAUGUUACAUGCUUUUAUUUUCUCCAUGAGAUCUGAAGUUCAGAGGAAGUUUGGACAAAACAUUCAAGAGAAAUUUUUUUCCUCAUUUUCUCAACAGUGGAUUAACAUUCUUCAUUUCUACUUCUAACAUUGCUAUUGAAAGAAGAAAACAAUUGUUUAUCAGUACAACAUUUUUAGUGUGGGAAUAUUUACUAUUAUCUAAAAAACAAUUAUACAUUAUGCUGGACAUUUUAAUUUUUUAUAGAUUAUUGUCUGCAAUCUUUUAAUACAGAUUAUUGAGAAUGUAUUGAUUUUAGUAUAUUUUUAAGAAAACUACGUCAGUGCUUAUAGAUGUAUGAAUAUGAGAUUUAAAGGGGGGUAAAGUCAUUGCUCUCAGAGUGCAACAAAUUGAAAUUCAUAUCAUGGCAGCAAACUAUAAAAGAGUAAUAACAACAGUGAAUUGUUACAGCAGUGUUAUAAUAGAUAAUCAGCUUCAUAAUGUUGUGCAUUAUUGCACAGGGACAUGUCAAGUAUUCAAACAAGGAGUUAUGUGCAUAGUGGCCCACCACAGUGUUUGUGCAAAACUAAUUAAAGUUUCUACACCUAAUUUUAGAAAUUCAGAUUUGACCCACAGAUUUUCGAUGCCUGAAAAUUCCAUUGCUUUGUCUGGGGAUGAAGAUUAUCAUCAACUCCUUCCUAGUAAUCCAAAACUCAAAAAAGGAUCUUCUGUUCAAAGCAGUGGAAAUCUGAAAGAUAUCACUGAAGAAGCCAUAAAUCUUGCUAGUGGGAAAAUAAAAGAAUUCUCCUUUGAAAAACUAAGAAAUUCUUCAAAUCAAGCAAACUAUAGAAAAGGAAGAAAAGUUAAGUCAGACCCAUUCAGUAGAAGAUCACUAGAUUUUGACUUGAUUAGUGGACAUUUCAGCAGUGAUGAAACUUUGUUCCCUCCUAUCGGGAUUCUAAAUAAUUGUUCCCAUGAAGAAAAAUGGCAGGUCAACAGCACCCCAGUUAAGGGAAAUGAGAGUUCUAUAUUUCCUUUGCCUAUAGAAACUUUUUCUGAUGGCAGUUUUAUAACACAAAUUUUGGAAAAGCACAAACUGGAUGGUUCUUCCAGUGGAGAUAUUAAGAUGUGCUUAGAUAUCUUGCUAAAAUGCUCAGAGGACUUGAAAAAGUGUACAGAUAUAAUAAAGCAAUGCAUUAAGAAGAAAUCUUCAGGUAAUGUCAGUAGCGGAAAUAAUAGUGAGUCAUUGGCCAAUUCUGAAAUAAUCUAUAUGAAUUUAAUGACAAGAUUUUCUUCCUACCUUAAACAGUUGCCUUUUGAAUUUAGACACCCGGGUGACAUCGUAGAACUGAUUAGUAGUUUGUCUGCUUUGGAGCAAUCUCAUUUCUCCCCAAUAUUUGGCAAUGAGCAACCACCAAGAUAUGAAGAUGUUGUAACUUCUGCAUCAUCUGUUGCAAAGCAGUCAUUUACCUCUAACUUAAAAAGAAUUCAGGAAAAUAAUGAUACAAAUUCCUCGACCAACCUUAUUCACAUCCCCAGUGUAGAUAUUUCCUCAAAUGCAUUGCAGAACAAUAUAGAUUCUAGAAAUGAUUCUCAUGUACUAUCUCAGUUACAAUUUCUAAAUCCAUCGGAUUGCGUUUUCCCCACAGAAUCUCUCUAUAUUGUAGAAGAAUCAGAUGAAAAAAAAGUAAGGGGAAGUUUAUCAAGUGUUCAGAGUAAAACAAUAUGGGGAAAUUCAGAGAGCAACCAGGAGCGAGCUGAAUGGGUAAAUCCUUCUUUGGAACUUACUAAAACUUCACCGACUGUUGCACAGCCUCUAUCAAAGGGUGAGCUCUUCAUUUCAGCAGAUUCCAUUGAUCAAACCUUUAACUAUAAUGUUCAAAUCCCUAAAGAAGAGCCUAGAAAAAACGAUCAAGAAGAGAUAGACAAACUUUUGUUGGAUUUGGAGAAUUUUUCACAAAAAAUGGAAAUUACACUGAGAGAAACUAAUGUUGAGCAGAGUGAUCCUAGCUAUUUGAAAAGCAGUGGUUUAACCACUGAAAACAAAGACAAAGAUUGUUUUCCUGAAGACAAAAGCAUGCCUCCUUCCUUAUCAAAACUUGUAGAAAUCAAUGGUCAUAAAAUGGAUGAAGAUGACAGAACUCUUUUAUUGCGUAUUUUGGAGAGUAUUGAAGACUUUGCCCAAGAACUAGUAGAAUUCCAAUUGGGCAAAGGAAGCUUAUCAAAAGAGAAAGAAGUGAUGCAUAUUCUUCAGGAAACUUUAGCCACGCCUUCCAUUACAGUUGACAAGCAGAGCUACAUAGAUACAGUGAAGAAAAAAACUGUCUCACCAUUAAUUCAACAGAUGCCAGAGGUUAUCAAGGUCCAAAAUAAGCAAGAGAAAAAAACAGUGACACCAUCUCUAACUCCUUCAAAUUCAACAAUCACCCCACAGUCUCUAUUGUCUACAAAUAAAGAAACUGUUGGUGCUCCCUUGUCCAUAAACAUUCCAACUUUCUAUUUUCCUUAUGGACUUCCGAAUAUCUGCAGUAAUCAUGACGAAAUUAUUAUCAAAGUUGAGGCAGCCUUUUCAGAGUUUGAAGAUAAGAAAGUUCCCUAUAAUGAAAUGGGGAAAAUUAUAAAAAUAUGCGGCUGUCCCCUAUACUGGAAAGCUCCCAUGUUCAAUGCAUCUGGAGGAGAGCAGACAGGAUUUGUAUCUGUACAUUCAUUUGUGGCCCUGUGGAGAAAGAUUCUAAACAACUGUCAUGAUGAUGCAUCAAAAUUCAUUUGCCUUUUAGCAAAACCUAACUGUAAUUAUCUGGAACAGGAAGAUUUCAUCCCAGUACUGCAGGAUAUAGUUGAAACUCACCCAGGACUGACAUUUCUAAAGGAUGCCCCGGAAUUUCAUUCCCGCUACAUUACUACGGUCAUUCAAAGAAUAUUUUACAUAGUGAAUAGAUCAUGGUCUGGAAAAAUAUCAUUAAUAGAGAUGAGGAAAAGCAACUUUCUGCAGACUCUAGCCCUCUUAGAAGAAGAGGAAGACAUUAAUCAAAUCACUGAUUAUUUUUCCUAUGAGCACUUCUAUGUUAUUUACUGUAAAUUCUGGGAAUUGGACACUGAUCAUGAUCUCUAUAUCAAUCAGAAUGAUUUGGCUAGAUACAAUGAUCAAGCUUUGUCAAGCAGAAUUAUAGAACGAAUAUUCACUGGAGCUGUUCUUAGAGGAAGUCAAGAACAGAAAGAAAACCAGAUGAGCUAUGCAGAUUUUGUGUGGUUUCUGAUCUCAGAAGAAGACAAAAGAUGCCUCACAAGUAUUGAGUACUGGUUCCGAUGCAUGGAUUUAGAUGGGAAUGGCACACUAUCAAUGUAUGAACUUGAGUAUUUUUAUGAGGAACAGUGUGAGAGGAUGGAAUCUAUGGGUAUUGAGCCAUUGCCCUUCCAUGACCUAUUGUGCCAAAUGCUUGAUUUAGUAAAACCAGAACAUGAGGGAAGAGUUACUCUACGAGAUUUGAAGAGAUGUAGAAUGGCUCAUGUAUUUUAUAAUACUUUCUUUAACCUCGAAAAGUAUCUGGACAAUGAACAACGGGAUCCCUUUGCUGUGCAAAAGGAUGUUGAAAAUGAUAGUCCAGAACCCUCUGACUGGGACAGAUAUGCUGCUGAGGAAUAUGAAAUUCUUGUAGCUGAAGAGUCUGGCAGUGUACAGUUACAAGAAGGUUCCUUUGAAGAUGAUUAUGAAACAGAUGAAUUCUUAUCUAUGCCUGAAAUUGAAGAAAAGUCAGAUAAUUUAGUUAUUUCGCACAUUUCAGCAUAAGAAUGGAGAUUUGUCCCUAAAGACUACCAUUAUUAAAUACAAGAAUCUUCAGUUCUUAUAUUUGAAGAAAUAAUGUUAUUUGACAAGCUACCGACAUCUGAACAUAAUUAUACAUAAUUAUACAAGAUAUAUUACUUCUUUCUCUAAUGUAAUAAUUUUUCCUAACUAUGGGGUAUGCAUAGAAUUUGUGCAUUCAUGGAACCUGUAAGAAAACAACCAAGACUGGAGAAAGGUGAAAAGGUUCAUAUUUAUAUAUAAAAAAGAAUUUAAAACAACCAAUAAAUUCUUGAGGAUUUUUUUUCCAUUUUGGAUUCUUCCUCCUCCUUUUAUUAUUUAGAAGCUAUCUUCAGCUUCUUUCUUGUCUUACAUAAUUGUAUACUAAUUUUCAGUUUUUGGGUGUAUCGGAAGUACCUGUCAGUUUCUAAAUUAUUUCUAGCUCACUGCAGAUAUUUAUAUGCAUUAUAGAAUACUGAAUGGUGAUCAUAAUAUGAGAUUUUCAAGAAUAUUUAAAUCUAGUAUCAAGUUUAUGUUUUUUUUAAAUUAUAAUAUAGAAAAGUGAUGGCCCAUUGGUUUUCAUGGUCGUUCUUCAUGAGAUUUUUUUUCUUUUAACAGAAUUCUGUAAUUUUAUUAGAAUUCUUCCAAAAAAAGCAUUACUUCCUUAAGAAAUGCAACAAUCCCUCUAUAAAAGAAAAAAUAGUAUAUAUUUUCCAAACUUAAUCAAAAAAAUGAACGACCCAAAAUUCAUAACUGAUGUAAAGCCCUACCAAAUUAAAGCAUUUUAAAUUGUAGUGUAGAAAAUGAGACUCAGUUGACAAAAUGAGUACAACACUCUUCCAAAAUAAACAAAAAUCAGGUAAAAAAUAACAUUUACAAGAUAGCUCCAGGAAUAUACCGAUAAUAUCUUAUUCCCUUACCCAUUCUUUUGAACCUUGUUCUUCAAAAAAAAAAAAACCCCUUUUAAAGUAAAAGGUAAUUCCCAUUUGUAUAAAAGAAGCAUUUACAAUAAAUUGUUUAAAUAGUUCUUAGUGGUAUAAAAUGGGCUUCCUCAUGAGGUAAUAUGUUCACCUUCAGUGAAGGUCUUCAGAUGAAGACCUGUUGAAAAUGUUUUAGCAAAUCCAGCACUGAGUAGAAGAUUGGACUAUCAUUCAGAGGUGCUUUUGUUCUAUGGUUCUGUGAUAAAACAAUGUCAUAAUGACAACAGAUACAAUCUGCUCAGAAGUGACAAUAAAGAUACUUGAAGCGGUAGAAAGCGUGAAACAUCAACAGUAAAGAAACAAGCAAUCAAGGAAUAUUCUACAGACUAGCACUUAGUAGCUAUGAAGGCCUUGGAAAAGAUACUCAGAUGCCAGGAUGUGUGUAUACCUACAAGGAUCAGAAUACUGGAGGCAAUGAUAUUUCUGUGACAUUUUUUAGAAGUGAAAAUUGUACUUUGAAAUCAAGCUAGAAAAGAGCAUUGCUGCUUUUGACUUUUUGUGUUGGACAAGACUUGUUAGAAUACCAUGGACAGCUAGGAAAACAAAGAGCAAAUGGAUUAUGAAACAAUUCAACCCAUAGUUCUCACUUGGGGUACAGCUGUGUAGGUUCAAACUAUUCUACUUCAAAUGCAUCAUACAAAGACCUAGCUCUUUAGAGAAGGUGCAAAUGCUGGGAAAAGUGGAAAGAAAUAAGAUACCAGCAGCAAACUGGGUGGACUUAGUUAUAGUAGUGAUAGGUGCAUCAUUGGAAGACCUGAAAAAGCAGGUUAUGGACAAAUCAUGGGAAAAAAUCAAUGUGGUCUCCAAGAGUUGACAAUGACUUUAUGGUGUAUAAUCAAUUAAUCAGCAUACACUGACAUUACACGCAACAAACAGAAUAUUGUAGUUUAAUAUUGUGGAUAAACAAAUGUUCCUGAUGAUGAAAUGAUUCAGUUCAGAAAAGAUGAUAGUCCACAACAAACACACAUUAACUAGUAAUAUAAAAUAUUUGAAUUGCAAAUGAGAAAAUGUUUUCUGAAAAGACCUUUUGUUCAAUUCUGCAGGGUAGUUGUUUUAAUGUUUUUCAAAGGCACUUGGUUUACCACCACUAAAAAUCUAUAAGAAUAUAACUGUUUGAAAAAUUUUUACAACAUAUAUUAAUGCCAAUGUGUAUAAGAAUUUUUCUGUGUUCUGAAGGCAUUUGUGAUAAAUUUGUGUCCAUUUCUCACAUUGAAACAGCUUAAGCCCAAUUUCCUUUGAAAGACAUGUUUUGCAUUCAUCUUUAAAGUACUGUCUUAAUUUAAAUGAUUAAAUAUGAGCAUAUUUUGGCAAAUUGAACAAGUUAGAAAUUAUAAUGUUUAAUUCCUAAGUGCUUAACUUCUUUCUGAUAACACAAUAUAAAUAAUUGUGCAUUGUAAAAAAUACACUAAAAGAAUUUAUUUUUCCUAUGUGUGUAUUUUUGUAUAUAUAUCAUAUCUUGGGAAUUCUGGAUAGAAAGAUGUCAGGAUGAUGAUGAUGAUAAUGAGACUGUAGUAGCAAUAAUAUAGUUUAGUCUAACUUAUCCUUUACAGUUUAAUUUGCAGGCUAAAAGUUUGAACUGCAGUUGAGCUUCAGGAUUCGGUUUAAAUGCCACAAGACAACUGUGAAAUAUUUACAGUAACAAUGUGUUAGAGUCAUUAGUAUCUCUCUAACUUAUUGAUGUAGAAUAUGAUUCUCAUUUUGUCUGUGAAAAUUUUGCUCCAUGGCCCUAAAUAAAUUAAUAAUUUUCUGGGGUAUAAAUCUGUGUGGGAAAGGUUUGAAGCAAUUAUAGGAAAAAAAAUUCAAAUUACCGUAAGCAUCUAGCCAAUUUCACCUUUUUUAAAGAAAGCCAUAGUCUAAAAGCCUGGAAGAUCAUUACCAAUGAAUUUAGAUAAUAUUCAUCUAGAAGAACCUAUGGCAUAAGAUAAAUUCCACUGUGAUGUACAUUUUUACACUACCAAAUAUUUUUCAAUAAAAUCUUAUAUAGUUGGAAGAACUUUUUGUUUCAAAGGCUUAGUCUAUUGCACCUUAUUGGACUAUUGCACCUAGAGCUUAAUGUAUUGCACCUUUUAAAAAUUAAAUUUUAUCCUAGUAUUAUCAUAGUACUAAUAUUUUUAACAGUAAUGUGUGCAAUUUUAAAAUGUUUUUUUCCCAAGGAUUGCCUACAGCCAGCCUUCAAAAUAGAGACUACGGUAUUAUAAAAGAUUUGCAAUUUUAAAAAUAACUUCAAUACUGUUUUAAUUGCAAGCAAGGUGUUAUAAUCAGACAGAGUUCAAGUCCCACCUUAGCCAUGAAAACCAUCUGGGUGAUUUGGGGUCAAUAACUUCCAGCCCUACCCACUUCCCAGGAUUGUUGUUGUGAAGAAAAUACAAGGACUAAGGUCUAUUGGAUAUGUUUGCCACCUUGAGUUGUUUGUAAAAAAGUAAUAAAUAAAAUUAACAUUAGCAUUCUAGAAACAACUAGAAAAUGUACUUCUGAAGCAAUAGCAAAUAAAGUUUUCUCUACACCAGGGGAAAAAAAAACAAGCUCUUAUCAUUAGCUCCUUUUGAAUAUGAGCUGAUAAAUGUUAAAAAUAAGAAAGUGGGGGGGGGAGGGAAUCAAUUAUAGGAAAGCUAUACAACAUCCACUUUAUGUAAAGAAUCUAAAAGUACUGUAGAUUUCUUAGUCUAUAGUUUAUACAAGAAUAGCAGAUUUGUCAAAGGUUACUUUUGAGAAAAGUUGCCUCUGAAUAAGAUUUUAAUUAACCCUUUCAAUGAGUUUUAUGGGGUCCAGAGAAUCUUUUUGCCUUUCUACCCCUUACAUACAUUUCUACUUCUUUUUCCAUAAAAGAAGCCAUGCUUAAAAUCUAGGGCUCCCUUGGUGUUUUCAUUGUGAUGGUAACAAAAAAGCAACAGUGCAUCACAUAUUAUGAAGGACUCUGCUGGAGAAUCUGUUUAUUUUGGGGAGAGGAAGAUUUACUCUGCACCUCUAGCUUAGAAGCCAAGGGUCAGCUUAUGGGAUGCUUCCAAUUUUUACCGGGUAAAUUAAGGGAUUUCUUCUAGCUUCCUGGCAUGUUUUGUUUUCUUGAACUAUGGCAAGACUUAGUAUGUUUUUAAUAACAUUAGCACCUCUCUGCUUAAAGCAUGUGAAAGCUUACAACAGUUAUAUUUUGUUUCCAUGCCAACCAAAACUGUUUCACCGUCUAAACAUACAGUAUAUUAAUAUAUAUUAUUUUGAUUUGGAUGCAUUUUCUUCAAACUCUUAAAAUUUGAAUCUUGUAUUCCAUAAAUCCUCCCUUUAAUACCAUUCAAUUGUUAGGAAAACUAUUUAAUUCUGUGCCUAUUUCCCUAGUAUAUUUGAUGUAUUUUCAAUGUAUUUAUGACAGUUCUACAGUUUAACACUAAAUAUCUAACAAAUUGUACACAUUCUGACCUAACAAUUUUUUCCUAUGGUGCAGAAAUUGAUAAUAUGCCUUAAUUUAUUAUAUACAAAACACUGGUGAAAUGAGUUGACAAAUUCCAACUUUUUUUUUUUAAAUAGAAGUGUCUGGCAUGGUUCAAACUGGAAUGAACAAUACAAUACUGAAUUCAGGUUGGCCUGCAUGGCGAGCCAAGCUCCUGCAAAGCUCUUACAGCUUUUACUUUGAAAAUUGUUCUAAUAAUUAGUCAGCUAAUCUAUUUUGAAAUACCCUUAUGUGGUUUAUCUUAAGAAAAUUGCUUUAGGGAAAAUUCAAAAAGCUUCUUAAAUACAAUUUGCCUAAAUUUCUCAAAAAUGUUGGAUGUCCCACUUAUUUUACUAGCAAUGUUGUUUCUAUUGUAAUGUUCCUAUUACAGGGAUGCUCUUAACUUUAUAUUUUAAAGGCAUCCCUUUAUCACUCCCCAAAUCACUUUAUGUUAAAACACAAAUGUGUAGAUCAAGAGAUAACUGGUAAUUGUUUGGAGAGAUCAUUAUUUUGUUGUCUUAAACCCUAUCAAAUACCAGAGGCCAUUGUUAGUAUUAUUACACUUGAAGCCAAAAACAUAUUGACAGAAGUUAUGUUUUGCUUGGCUACCUUAAGAUAUUGUAUUCAAAAGCAUGGAAAAAGUGGUUUGUUUGGUUGUUUUUUUUUUUUUUUUGCUUUUAUGAGAUGCUAUAAGUUAAUCUUUCUGCCUAAAGACAGAAAUAAUAACACCUACCUCAUAAGAAAGGGUUAAAAUGGUUCAGUUUGGUAUAUUGUGUAGAUAUUCCUUUUAAUAAAGGGCUCAAGCAGUACUUGGUUAAUUAUACAGUAGCUUUUCCUAUUGAGCAAAAUGCUUUUCAUUAAUUCAAAUAGGAUUGCUUCACUUUAUUAGAAAAAAGUAUAACAGGUAUAAAGUUUUUAUCCAUGGUUUAUUUUUUAAUAGAGCAAGCAGAUAUUUUCUUGGGCAGCAGGGGUGUGUGUGAAGAAGGUUGCCACUAAGAGGCAAUAUUGAGCAAAAGAUAUAGAUCAAGUUAAAUUAUUCCAAGCAGUAUCAAGUCUAUUAAUAAAAAUAAUAGGUGCAGAUAAUUUGAUAUAAUUCUCCAGUUUUAACAUGAAAACUGUUCUGAUAGCUUUAGAGCUAGCUUUCAAAGACUGAGUACAAUGCCAAAAAUAAUUUGUCCUGCAUGUUUAAAAUCAAAGUUUAUUAAGUUUAAUUAAAAUAUUUUAAUGAAGACUACAUAGAUUAUAAAACUAAAAAAGGACAAAUUCUUGUAAUUAAUACUUAUUCAUGUAUCAUAUGCUUUAAAGUUAAAAGUUAUAUUCUAAGAGAUAGAAAAAAGUUAUGAAAUUUGUUGAGAGUUUUGUCAAAAUUUACUUAUGUUGGGAAUGGCUUUGCCUUAGCUAUUUGUACUUUUUUCUUUUGCAAUUAAAAUAUAUUUUUAAAACUAGUGGAUGUUGUUUGUACUCCAUUUCAUAAUAGGAAUUAUGGAGACGGAGAAAUAUCUAGAGGAGCAAAACAGAAUUCACAUUUACCCAGAACUAAUUCUCAUUGAACUGGAUAUAUUUCUGAAGAGAAAUGAAAAAGGUUGUAAUAUAUGUUGACAGAAUA